CAAUAACAGCUCCGCCUCCGCCAGCACCGCGAUCUCACACGUGAGUUUUAAACCCAGUGUCAUAUUCAAGACCAAGACAUCUUGCUUGUAAACCUAGCGUGUGUUCAAGUUAAAAACAUGCCUGCAAAAGAAGAGGGAAAGAAGCUGCAGAAAGGAGGAAUAAAGAAGAGGAAGCAACCUGAUGAAGACCGAGGAGGAGAGACAAAGAAACAGAGAGGACAGAAUGGAGACGGAGGCAAGAAGCACCUGGAUGCUCAGAGUGUGGGAUACUUCCGCCGAGUCGGGGAGAGACUCGCUGAAGGAUUCCAAGAUGAAGAGGAAAGAGAGAUGUUUGUGGAGAACGUCCUGGCAGAAGUGAAAGGUAAAGCGAUGGUGGUGGCGAUGGACUGCACAGGAAGCGUCACCCUGCAGCGGCUGCUCCCGCUCUGCAGGCUGGAGCAGGUGGGGGAGGUGAUGGCCGAGCUGAGCGGGGACUUUAAGGCGGUUUCCUGUGACCGCUGCGGGGGCCACGUCGUGGAGAGCGCACUCAGACAGAUGUCCAGGUGGACGGAGUCUUCCACAGAAGAAGAAGAAGAGGAGGUCACGGGCGUGUUGGAGGCCCAGGUGUUGUCUUUCGGUCAGGUGGUGAGAGACAACAGCGGCGAGUUCAUCAAGGACGCUCACGGCUCACAUGUGGUCCGCACACUUCUGCACGUGCUGGCAGGUUGUGUCGGACCUCCUCGCAGCGACGCCCGUCCAGGUGCUAAAGAACGAAACGUUGCUCCCCAGCUGACAGAUUUCGAGAUCCCCACCUCGUUCUGGUACGAGAUGAAGAGCCUCACGGAGACCUUGAUGGAAAACAUUAAGCUGAGUGUUGCCGACGCUGUUGCCAGCGCAGUCUUCCAGACCAUGCUGACCGUGUGUCACAGAAAACGGCCCAAACUCUGCAAGCAGCUCCUGACACGCACCAUGCAGUACCUGACGAGUCGCAGCGCCGCCCCGGGAGUGAGUCCGCUCCUGGUGUUUCUGAAGGACCAGGCCUCCAGCCGUCUCAUAGAGACGGUCAUACUGCUGUCCCACAAGUCUCUCCUUGGUGACUUGUACAAGAACCACCUGAAGGGCCACGUGGUGGACCUCGCCCUCCACCCCAUCGCCAACUUCCCCGUACAGCGGCUCACUGCAGCCUCGGCCAAGUGUAAACUGUUCCCGCGGUUGUUUGACGAGCUGGUCCAGGGCGUAGAGGCAAUCUUGGCGACGGGGCACAUGGGUGUGAUAGUCCAGCUGGCACAAAGCUGUGCUGAGAGCGGAGAGAAGCAGGACGAGAUGAUGCAGUGCCUCCUGCGCGCUUUCCACUGCUUUGAACCUGGUUCACGACAUGCCAGCUGCCUCCCUCUCUUCAUGUCUCUGCUCACCUACGAGGUGUAUUACCACUCUGAAACAGCAGAGGGCAGCAUACAGACAGAGGUACCACUGACCUCCAUCUGUUAUCACGGCUCCCGGUUGGUCCAGGCGUUGGCUAAGUUUAAGGAGCGCUCACACCUGCUCAGCAGCCUGCGAUCUCUGAGCCCUGCUGACCUCCUCACUCUGGCUUCAGACCCUGCUGGCAGCCACGUCCUCCAAGCUCUCAUCACCACAUCCAGCGACAAAGGCAGGGGCAAAAUCCUCAAGAGACUGGAGGGCCAAUUUAUUAAAAUGGCCUGUUCAAGGUUGGGCAGUCGUGUGCUUGAAGCCGUGUGGAACAGCGCUUCAGUCAACCAGAGGCAAAGCAUCGCACAGGAAUUAGUGCCGAGUGAAAGCCAGCUGAGGUCCGAUCAGUUUGCUCGUCACGUGUGGGCCAAGUUUGCACUCUCCCACUUUGUACACAGGAGAGCACACUGGCAGGAAAUACAGACUGGCGAGUCCAAGAAGCGGAAGCUUUUCAGCGACAUGUUUGACUGAUAACUUUAUGUUUGUAUAAUUAUGUUACUUUGCUUCAAUUUAAUAAAAACAAAUAAAAUAACAAAACACGCAAGUAAAUUACUUCAAAAUCAUUUGCUGUUGAAAAAUGAAUUCAAUAACCGUGGUGGCCUGUAGGGGGCAGUAAUGUAACAUUUAUGAUCCGAGGCUUGUCCAGCAGGGGUCUGACUGCUGACCUAUAAACAUAAAUAAUACUACUCCCAUUCAUUUUUAUAUUAUAUUUCUUACUCUAACCCUGUUUAUUGCACUGCUCCUG